GCGAUGGCGACCAAUUAUCGACAAGAUAUGCCACCUCCGGGUGGAUACACCAAAUUUAAUUGGUCACGAACCUAUCCAAAAGUUCUCUGGAAACCGGAAAAACUACUGGGUGUCGUUGUUUUUUUAUUUGGAUAUGGCAUUUUCCAAGCUCGAGCUCUUAAGCGUGCUAUCCUUACGGAACGAUUUGAAGAUAAGGAUUUGUACAUUGCGAUGACGCCAUUUUUAUACGCUGAAAGAGAUCGAAGAUGGCUGAAACUUCUGAAACAAAAUCGCGACUAUGAAAUAAAACUGGCAGAAAUUAGUGAUGAUAAGGCAUGGAGAGUUGGGACCUGGUAUGGCGAACCUGUGUAUUUCACAUUGCAGGAUCGUUGGUGGGAUCCAACACCUCAUGAGGCUUAUGCUCAUUCUCCGAUGAAAAAUAUCUACAAAGACUUUGAAUUUACUCAUCGUGCAGAUCACGUUUAAUAAAGAUGGUAGAGAUUUUAGGUGUUUUUAAAUAUUAGCGUGUAUUGUUUCCCAUUUAUCGUCUCUUGUUAUUUCUACAAUUAGCUUCAUCGGAACCACUAAUUAUAAAUACUUCAUAUAUCGGUGAGUGUUUGAACAAGCAAACAAAAAACCAGGCGGACCGGAUUCGCUCCAAUUUAGGAAUGUCUUUCGAGUGAAUCCUGAUGUGGAGACAAAUUUCGGUUCCACAAUUGAUAAUUGUACAUUAAGCGCACUUAAUAUAUAUUGCGAUUUGUUAGUAUCGUGAACUAUUUGGAAAGACUUAUACAUAUUUUUACUUUGUCUACGAUCCAGUGUGGUCAAUGCAUUGUACGAGGUAAUUUUGAUGGUGGUGCGCUUCUGGAAUUUAUUUAUCGAGUUUUGAAGUUAUGGACAGGUCGCAAAAAAUUAACUGUUAAGUAAAUGCUUUAAUAAAACACUGUUCACGAAUGAAGCGUUACAAUAUCAGUUGGAAUGGGAUUAAACAAAUUUUACCUCAUUGUUAGGGGGGUGGAUUGCCUUAGCCACUAAACAUGCCUUUUUCCCCCGCGUUUCUAUGUAAAAUAGGGAGUAACAUCAAUACCAUCAUGUAGCUUAAUGGAGACAAUUAAUAUACACUGGCU